UACCAGUGGGGAGCAACACUCGGCACGGCACCUGGACACAUUCAGACCUCUCAAGAAAAAGCGGCUUUACAUGCGAAUGUGUUGAUUUCUUCCUAUUUGUUGUCGAUAAAAGAGGUGUCACCAGCAACAGACGAAUCUGUUGCCCCACUUUCGGCCCAGCUAUCCCUUGCCCCUCCGCCAAAAUCCGGCUCCUGGAUGUGACCACGCGGCUGAUCAGGAGAAGCCAUCAUGUCCUAAAUGCAGAUGGGCCGCCGGGAGCCCUGUCUCCCCACGCCGGCCCCACCCCCUCCUCCCCCAUUCACCACCUCACUUCCUCUUCCCCCAGCCCUAUACCACUGCCCGACCUGUCUACACAUGCCCGUGACCGGCUGCCCACUCAGGGCUCCCCUCUGUCCCACCCCUCCCCUCUAUCAUCAAGGGAGACCAGUCUCCACAAGCACCCAGUGCUGGGGGCAGGCAUGGGCUCAGACCGGGACAUCCAGUCAGCUGCCUCCUCUAUUUCGCUGCCGUCUGUUAAGAAAGGCCCUAAGAAGAGACGCCUCUCACUGGCCGCUCUUUUUAGACGCAGAGGGAGAGAGUCUAAGUCGGCACGAAACCGGACCAAAGAGCUCCAGCAAGGGGCGGGAACACUCGGGCCGGUGGAGGGGAUUGCCAGCAUUGAGAGCAUUCACUCUGAAAUGUGUAACGAUAAAAACUCUGCCUUGUUCAGUGUGGGAGGCUCUGCUGUUGCCGCCUCCACGUCCUCUGCCUCAGGGCCCUCCUCCACCUGCUCCUCUGCGUCCAAAACUGCUGGCGCGAUGGGUGCGGAGCUACUGGAGUGCCCCCUGUGCCUCCUGCGUCACUCGCGAGACUGCUUCCCUGAUAUCAUGACCUGUUACCACCGCUCAUGCAUGGACUGUCUGCGGCAGUACUUGCGCAUAGAGAUCUCCGAGUCCCGUGUGAACAUCAGCUGCCCUGAGUGCUCUGAACGCUUCAAUCCCCAUGACAUCCGCAUGAUCCUGGGGGACAGGGCCCUGAUGGAGAAGUACGAGGAGUUCAUGCUGCGCAGGUGGCUGGUGGCCGACCCCGACUGCAGGUGGUGCCCUGCCCCUGACUGCGGGUAUGCAGUUAUCGCCUUUGGUUGUGCCAGUUGUCCAAAGAUCACGUGUGGCAGAGAUGGGUGUGGCACAGAGUUUUGUUACCACUGUAAACAGCUGUGGCAUCCCAACCAGACGUGUGAUGCGGCCCGGCAGCAGAGGGCCCAGAGCCUGCGCCUCCGGACGGUCCGUUCCUCCUCCCUCAGCUACAGCCAGGAGAGUGGGGCCGCAGCUGACGACAUAAAGCCAUGUCCGCGCUGUGCUGCGUACAUCAUCAAAAUGAAUGACGGCAGCUGUAAUCACAUGACCUGUGCUGUGUGUGGCUGCGAGUUCUGCUGGCUCUGUAUGAAGGAGAUUUCAGACCUGCACUACCUGAGUCCUUCUGGCUGUACUUUCUGGGGGAAGAAGCCUUGGAGCAGAAAGAAGAAGAUCCUAUGGCAGCUCGGGACAUUAGUCGGCGCUCCAGUUGGCAUCGCACUCAUCGCUGGCAUCGCCAUCCCCGCCAUGAUCAUCGGGAUCCCGGUGUACGUGGGGAGGAAGAUUCAUAACCGCUAUGAAGGUAAAGACAUGUCCAAUCACAAGAGGAACCUGGUGAUUGCUGGAGGAGUGACGCUUUCUGUCAUUGUGUCUCCUGUUGUUGCCGCGGUGACAGUUGGGAUCGGUGUUCCCAUAAUGCUGGCAUAUGUGUACGGAGUGGUGCCCAUCUCUCUGUGCCGCAGCGGAGGAUGUGGCGUUUCAGCUGGAAACGGGAAAGGAGUUCGGAUAGAGUUUGAUGAUGAGAAUGAUCUAAAUGUUGGCAGUGGAACGGUAGUCACUGAUACAACUUCAGUGGCUGACACCAGGAACAACCCUAGUAUUGGGGAAGGGAGUGUGGGUGGCCUCACGGGCAGCCUCAGUGCCAGCGGGAGCCACAUGGACAGACUCGGGGCCAGAGACAACCUGAGCGAGAGUGCCUCCACCACAGCUUUGGCAGGGGCCAGUAUCACGGGCAGUCUAUGUGGCAGCGCCAUGGUCAGCUACAUCAACAGGUUGGAGGUGCAGGCCGAUGUGCAGAAGGAGCGCUGCAGUUUAAGUGGAGAGUCUGGAACAGUCAGUCUGGGCACAAUCAGUGACAAUGCUAGCACCAAAGCAAUGGCUGGAUCCAUUCUUAAUGCCUACAUUCCUCUCGACAGAGAUGGUAACAGUAUGGAGGUGCAGGUGGACAUUGAAUCAAAACCUGGUAAACUGCGUCACCACAGCGGCAGCAGUAGUGUUGAUGAUAGUGGCCAUGUGGGGCGCUGUGGCUGGACCUGUCCUGUGUCUGGCUGCUCUGAGGGGAAAAACUCCUCCUCCAAAUGGGCCAAAGAUGCCUCCUGCUCCAAUUCCAGUGGCAAGAAGAGCAAAGGCAAACUGCGCAAGAAAGGAGGCGGCACCAAGAUCAAUGAGAGUCGUGAGGACAUGGACGCACAGCUGCUGGAGCAGCGCAGCACCAACUCCUCAGAGUUUGAUUCUCCUUCCCUCAGCGGGAGUCUUCCCUCUGUGGCCGACUCCCAUUCCAGCCAUUUCUCUGAGUUCAGCGGCUCUGAUUUGGAGAGUAUGAAGACGUCCUGUAGCCAUGGCUCUGGAGGAGCAGGAGGGGACUACCACACCCGCUUUGCCACCGUCAGCCCUUUACCGGAGGUGGAGAACGACCGCCUGGAGACAUGCCCUGGAUCUGCCUCUGCUAUUCCAGGACUGGGGGCUUUUGUUACGCCUCACUCCCCCUGCUCCACCUCAUCGUCUGGACACGGGGCUGAGCUGCCCCCCUUGUGCUUCAUCACUGAGGAGAAUGUUAACCUGGUGUGUCCUGCAGAACCAGACUCUCAAUGUAACAACGGAGAUGUGUUGAAAGAAGCAAAUAACAACCACCAAGAACAGCCUCAAAGUCAGCCACAGCCUAAAAUCUCCUGCAUACAGACAGACAUCUAGCAUUGCGAUACCUUAAGUGCUGCACUCUUUCUACUGCGUUCAAACCUUUUUGCCACUAAUCUCCAAGCGUCAUUGCUUACGGUUUACUUUCGGUGUACUUUAGUCUAUCCCGGUGAGCCAUACACAUCAACUUUAUUAAUGGGUAAUCGAGUUUGGUAACCCUCCACUUUCAAAGAAUUUCUAUUCCUAAAGGAAAGGGACUUGUGCAAUAUUUUGUUUCCUGAUUGGUUGUAUGUUUUCGGUUCUAAAAUUAUAAUUUUACACCAACUUUGACCACUAACUCAAACAAAUCCUUUGACUCUUAGAAAUAUGAUUGUUGUUGUAGUAAGUCAUGUCACACACAGCACAUUUCACAAAAAUGCAGUACUCAUUUUGCCAUUUCUAAGUUAAGAUUUUUACUAUCAAAAUUGAUUCUGCUACGUUCACAAUUAGCCAUUUACUCAUUACUCUUUGUCAGGUCUUUUUUUUCCCAGAAAACACCUUGGAAAGAAAUAUACAUUGUUUUUAUUAUGUCAGCCCAGAGGCAGAUUAUUGCACAAAUCCCCACACUACCACUUAUAAUCUGAUUGUGUGCCUGUUGCCCUGCUCAGUUAAAACAAACUCGGAUUGCACCAAUUCUUUGCAUAAAAAAUCAUGAUUCAAAUUACAGGCCAGGCUAGAGACAAGAAUAUUAAGUACACAUGAAGGUAGUGUCUGUAACCACCUUCUCCCCUCGAUGUCAAAUGACAGCCCUGUGUUCUGUAUCUUUUAGUUCAGAGUUAAACGAAAACCACUGUGCCACUUUUGCUUGCCACAUGGGAACUUGUGUUUCUCCAGUGGGACCAGGCAAUGUGACUGUAUUCACCUAUUCAACUUUUUUUUCUUCUUGGACAUUAUUAACAGAUGAGCUUUUGUGUCUUGUCUAUUUAUUAUUUUAUUUACUUCUAAAUUAAACCUUUGCUUACAUUAAAGACAUGGGCUCGGCAUCAAAUAGUUGGUUAUUUUGAAUUUUGAGCUUGUAUGUCAUACCUUAUUCCUGCAAUAGAUGACUGAUACUCUUUUUUGGAGACUAGUGCUCUCUUGUUGUUACUUAUUAAAGUGUGUAUUUUAUUUAUAGUAUUUUUCAGUCUAAUUAACCCAUUGAGGAGUUACUAAAUGUGGUACUUGGUUUCUUUUAUUACAGCAAUGGGACUAAAAUAUAACCUCAAAGAUCUAAGUAUUGCUGAACUACUUUUUUAUACAUUUGGUCAAAAAAUCUAAUUGAUAACUUUUCUUGGCAAUUGUCAAAUGCUGAUUAAACUUGUGCUCAAAUAGUCUUUUUUACAAAAUCCAAAAGGUUCUUAUAUGGUAGAUAUAAGUUGAGAGUGUUGGUAAACUACAAGUAUUUUUUGACUUAAAGCUUUUGAUGUCAUCUAAUGCAGGUAGAAAGGUUGAAUGAAUAUUUGAACUCAUUUUGAAUCUGUAGCUAAACAAAGCCAAGAUGGCGUCCUCUAUGUAUCAUGUUUAACUGAUGCUGAGUCCUGUCUAUUGUUAUGUUCAGUUGAAGGCUUGUAUAUUUACUCUUGUUGAUAUGGUCUCUGGAAGGCCAUAGUUUAAAUGGCAAUGCUAACUAAUACUGUACAGUGGGAUUGGUCUGUUUCCUGAACUGGUUCAGUCUGGUUUAAGGUUUUGCAAGUUUUGAUAUCGUUGUCAAACUUAUUGUGCCUUCUACAAUUAUUUUUCUUUUUACGUUCCCAUUGUGUCUUUGCUGCAGUGUCCUUAUUCGGUCUCGUUUGUGUCCAAGCGAUGGUAGACUACACACUUUGUUCUCAAUGGCCUACCAAAGACACCACUCAGGCUUAAAAUCCUUCUAUCAAAAUAUUGUUUUCCCUUGACACCACAGGGACAAGAGUCUAAAGAAGUAGCCUGUAGGCACAUGCACUGUUAAUGUAAUUCUCCAUGUAUUUAAGUUCUACAUGUUUUUUUUUUUAUCGGUCCUGUCAAUUAGUGCCAAAUGGUGCUGCCGAGUAGGCUUGAACCUUAUAAAGUCACAGUAUUUUGUAAAAGUAAUGUCACAUUUGGUGGUGGGUGACUGAAAUCGUAAGAUGUGUGACCAUAGUUUGGAUAAGCAGAUUGGAGAAAUGGAGUUGUGUACUGUACUAAAUUAUUAUAAAUGUACUUUUACUACUACUAAAACUAGUAUUAUUGUAGUAUGGUACAUUGUUAGUAAAGUAUAUGCCUCACAGUCCCUGUGUACUCAACCUUUGACCAGAAAGAACUGCUACUACCACUACAAUUAUACUACUAUUGCUACUGCUAACGCUCAUUUUAUUGGACAGUAAUAUGUUAAGAAGUGAAAAGCUAUUUUCAAAAUCCAAAGAGUACAUGGUCUGGUGAGUCUUUUGCCUUUGUAAUAGUUUAGAGAAAAAGAUAGGUACAAUGUACUUUGGAAUAAAACCAGCUCUCCAAAUGUGUUUUCAUGACCCACUUUUACAAAAUACUUCUUAAUUUUGAGCAUUAGCCUAAGUGCCCAGUGAUCGCCUUAUCCUGUCACUGAGUUUGCUUGGGUGAAACUCUGAUAUACGUUCAUAAGCAUCUUGAAUGCCAUUUGACCCAAGUCUGUUCUUCGUAAGAUAUUAUUUGUUUUGGUUCAGUAGUAAAGGUUAGUUAUUCCUUCUGGUUAUGUUUCUUCAUAUUCACAAUAAGCCCUCAUUUUGAAAACACUAGUGCCAGUUUUAAUUUGGGAUUGGUGCAUAAUGGCAUAAGGUAUUUGUACAUUUGUUUGGUAAUUUUACUUUUAUUAUAUGCGUGUAAAUGCAUAUCAAAAUUAAAAGAA